GAGUAGACAUACUUAUCCGUGUAUUACCAGGCUCUCACCACGCUUUCGACUGACUUGCUUGUAGUAACUGUAACUAGCUUUGAAGUUAAUGUUGAAAACGAGCGUCUGUUGUUUUAUGGCUUUGGACGGUGAAAUUUACUACAAUUAGACAAAAAUGCCUCUUUUUGGCAACACAUUCAGCCCCAAGAAGACUCCACCCCGGAAAUCAGCAUCUCUCUCUAACCUCCAUACACUGGACCGGUCCACUAGGGAGAUUGAGUUAGGGCUGGAGUAUGGAGCUCCUAUGAUGAAUAUUGGAGGUCAGAGCUUGAAAUUUGAAGAUGGACAAUGGAUUACAGAGUCAGGACCUAAUGUGUCUAGCAAGGAGAUGCAGAAACUGAAGAAUAGAAAUCUACAAUUAGAAGAAGAAAACAACCUUUUAAGGCUUAAGAUAGAGCUGUUGUUAGAUAUGCUCUCAGAAACUACAGCCAUGUCACAUCUAAUACAGAAAGAAUUAGACGACAUGAAGAGUCACUACAAACAAAAGAAAUGAUGGGAAGCGUGGAUUUCCGAUGUUUGUAUUUUGGACGUGGGUUGUUCUUCAAUGAAAUGAUUUCUACUAUUUAAAUAUGAGACUUCACUUCUUGUGAAGUUUCUUAUGAAAUUGUGAAUAAAUAAAUAAAAAAUUCAUAAAACUGUGCUAUGUUUGUUUAAUGCUUUUUUCCUUUACUAAUUGUAUAAACAAUAAAAAUAAAUAUUUUCUUA